CUAUGACGCCGUGCGGCAGUCUGCGCUGAAUUCUGCGCGAGAUCAAUUGCGCGCUAGUAAUGAAGCACGCAAUUAUUAUUUUUUGUAUUGUAUUCCAUUGAUUCUCCAUUGUAUUGAUUCCCAUCAUCCUCGGAGGCGAGCAGCGGGUGCCUGUGGGGCUCGUUGUGAGGGGUCCAUAACCUAACCUAACCUCUCCUAUUAACCCCUACCCUUAGAAGUGAACCCUAAGAAGCAUCAAAGGGAAGAUCAUGGCACCCAGCAUCAGCAAGGAUAUUACUACGGUCCCCUUUCUUUUUUCUAGUUAAGUAGGUCGGCUCCACCACGACAACUAUUGGAUUGAGGCUAGUGAUGGACUGCUCUCUUUAACAAAGGAGGACGAACAUGAACAGCAACAGCGUGGCCAGCGGAGUCCGAGGGGCGUCAAAAUCACCACGUCAGCCAGCUUAUCCGAAACUUGCGUUCCACAGCUACUGCUUUUCAUCCUCGGCGCAUUACUCGUUUCGUACGCGUACUACAGUUAAGUACGUAGCUUGAAGGACCUUUAAAGGUCGUGUAGCUUAGAGGUCGUCGUGUGCCUGUUACCGUUUGCUCUGCCUCUUCAUCUGAGGGAUCAGUCAUUGUGACUGAGAUUGAUCAUUGAUAUGCCUAGCAACAGGUUUUGUUAAAUUUUGCACUGUUAGAAGAAAGGCGAAAGAGAAACACGACCAGAGGAAAGGUUCACGACCUCUAAUACAGUUUGAAGCACAUCCAUUUGUCGGGCUGUGUUAUUCUGGUUUUUGGUGUGCUCAUAUCCUCAUUUGGUGGCGCACAACUAGCCAUAAAGUGGAGACGAUCGUCCUCUUCAGGGGAUCAAGGUAGCUCUCUCAGCACCAUAGGCAGUGGAAGAACAAGAUCUCCAACCGAGGUAGAAGGCAGUACAGGAGCGACAGGGGAUGUUGUACUCGGUGGGGAGGAAGUAGAUGGACAGAGUGGGAGACACGAAGAAUCAGACUCUUCAGCCUCGUCUGGAGGAAAGAAGCUUUUCCGGAUACCUUGUAUGCCUUGGCCAUGUUGUGCGAGUAUUUUUAUGAAGGAGAGUCUGCACUGAACUCUGCCUUUGCUCCUAGUUCUUGACCAUUGUAAAUCGUAGGGGCAGUAGCGUAGUUUGUUAAGGAGAUUAAGAGCUCCCCCCUACGCCGGUAGCUACGCGGAAAAUAUGUAGGCAGGUUCUUCACGGAACUCGCUCGCGAUACAAAAAAAAAAAGUGCGCGAUUAGUUGUAUUGUAUUGUUUUAUCGUGUGUAUGUGUAUCAAGGCAGCUGCGCUUGUUCUCGUACUCAUCCAGUCAUCUCCACUUCGCAUAGAGAUUGAAGAUAUCAUCGCUUUUUUAUAAUUUGAUUUUGAUUUGAAGAUUUCUUUUUCUCCGACAAUCUCUACCUCCUGCUCUGUAUCCUUCAACGCCUCUAACCCCCGAUGCAACUGCCAUCCCCCUCUCCAACUACUUCUCUAACCUCCUAUGCAACUGCUACCUCAUUUGCGGAUUACCACCUCGGGCUCUCUACCAAGGCGCUGCUUUUGCUGUGGUAGCGAGCGUUUUCUUCUUUUCCUAUAGUUGCAGACAUUCGAAGUUGGGUGGUACAUCGAGGCUCCGUCAUUUCACACUAGAAGAGAUGGAUCUUCAACAACUGUCAGAUAGCGGAGGUGGGGGAACCCGUGCAGCACCGCCAAAGCACGACUACGAAAGAGUAGUUGACAAGAACAGGCAGCAGGUUGUUAUCAUCGGAAAAAAAACCUCGGCGAGUGGUGGAAUGCCCUCUCCUGUUUCUAUCAAGGGGUCUGUGCUGGAAUAGACGGGUAGUUUCUAUCAAGGGACCCUGUUCAAGAGCACUCGACUACAGGAAGACAGUCCAUUUUCCUCAGCCUUGAUCGCCAUGAGGAAAAAUCAACAAAAAAAAACAACAAUUAUCAUGUGCCAACCUUAACUGACGUGAUGUCGCUAAGCUAAAGAGGGCUUAGUGCUUGUAAAACGUGAG